AUGCCUCCUCCACAGACUGCGACCAGCAAGAAGCCGAAGCCUCGCAUGACAUUGGCUCAAGUGUCAGCAUAUGAUGACAUUCUCACUGACGCACUGGUUGAUCAUGUCUUUUAUUGGACAACAGUUCCUAAGAACCGCACAUCUUAUCACCCCUCGAGAGGUGUAAGGGAGGAGGAAAUUACAAAGAUUCUACAAGAGGAGGUGGUUCUGAAGAAGGAUCUGGAUAGUGCGGAGAAGCGAUUGCUGACGACAAACGGACUCAAAAGAUUUCACAAUGGCUUGAAAACCGAUAAGGAAAAGGAGGAUUUCCGAAAGCAUCUCAGACGCUAUGUGCAGAUUUAUCUACCCGAUUGUCCCUGGGAGGUCAGCUCGACGAACCGAUAUACGAUUGUUAGCCACGAGGCAGCGGUGACCGCUAGACGAGCCAUUCGGCGCAAUGAGGCUAUCAAGUACCUAUCCGGAGUUCAAGUCGUCAUUACACCAGAGGAAGAAAAGGCCAUUUCAUCUCAGAAGAAGGACUUCAGCAUUGUUGUCAGCUCGCGAAGCAAAUGCACCAGCUUGUUUAUGGGACCUGCACGAUUUGCGAACCACGAUUGCGAUGCAAACGCCAAACUUAUGAGGACGAGCCAUGCCGGAAUCGAGAUUAUCGCAACGAGGGCGAUUGAAGCAGGAGAGGAAAUUACGGUUACGUACGGAGACAACUACUUUGGCGAGAGCAACUGCGAGUGCUUGUGCAAGACUUGCGAGGAUCUUUUGAGGAAUUCUUGGGAGCCUGCGGAGGGCACAGCGCCUGUGCAGACCAGUAUUGAGCAGAGCAAGUCAGAUGGUUACUCAUUUCGACGACGACGAAGAGAUGACAGUAUUUCUGGGUCUUCACGAACACCAUCGGCCAACCCGGACAGGCGACCACGAAUUACGAAGGCGAACUCGAGAGGGUCACUUCUGGCCCGCGAUUCAUCAUCUGCCAGAUCUCCAUCCGUCGAACAGUCCAGUCGCAAGAGAACACACGAUGUUCUAGCAACACCUCCCAAGACACCCGCCAAGCGACAGAAACUCGAAGUUCAACCGAUUGUCUCCGAUUCUUCAUCUCGCGGCACAUCCGUGACGGCUAGUGAAUCGUCAAGCGGUGUUGUCGAGACUGAUGUCACUUCGCCUGAGAAGGAAACGCCAGAGCCCAUGCAAACACCAUUGAAGGGCGCAAACAAGCAGAACAAUGAUCAAAGCAGGAUCGCACCAGUAUCUCCGCAGAGCACUGAGGGUUCGCGAUCACCACAGCAGAAGACAGGGAGCAACCGAAGCAGUUUGGAUACUAUGUCUAUUCAAGCUAUUUUGAACGCUCCACUGGAGUCCGAAACCGAAAGCGAAACUGAGUCGAAGAAGUUGAAGGAAGCAACAGUGGUACCACCACCUGUUGAGCCAGUUGCACCUGUUGCGACUAGCAUUGAGACAGUCGAGGAGGGCCAGGCUGCUGAUGAAGAACAGCCAAAGCGAAAGAAGAGCCAACGUCGUGUCUACAAGGAAGACACACCCCCAUCACGAGUGCGGAUACCGGGCGAUUACCUCCUUACACCGCUACUCUUAUCAGAACCUGAGAUGGCCUGGAUCCAGUGUACCAUCUGCGACGGUUACUUUGUACAACAGAAUGCAUACUUUACACGAGCUUCAUGUCCUCGAUGCGAACGACAUUCCAAGCUUUACGGAUAUAUCUGGCCCAAGACGGACAAGGCGGGACCCCAUGACAAGGAAGAGAGAAUCUUGGAUCAUCGCACCAUUCACCGAUUCUUGGAUCCUGAUGAUGAACGCCGGGUCAGAAGUCGCAAGAGCUUUGGAGCCCUCAAGACAGAUACGGAAGAGGCAGAGGAGCUUGACAGGGGACGAAAGAGACACAGCAUUGGAUUAAUUGGAAAGAUUGCUCCGACAACAGAACAAGACUCGGGCCACCGAAGAAGCGGAAGGCUACGAAGAGUGAACAGCAGGUUGCUUGACCCAUGA